AUGCUGGGAGAAAUUCAAGAGCUUCGCCACGAAACACUCUCACCGCUCCAAACGGUUGAGAGCACACUCGCAAAGAUUAUGGAAAUGAUCCAAGUCCAGGGAGAAACAGAUGUGAACGCUGUCACACUGAGAAGCGGGAGAGCACUUCCAGAAGUUGUUCUACCUCCGCCACAAUCUAUCCCGAUACAAGAACCAAGGAUGGACAAUGAUGAGACUUCAAAUUCGACGCAAGUUGAACGAGCACCCGAAGAAGAAUUCAGAAGAGACGAUAUACAACCACAACCCUCUCGAAAAGGAAAAGAAAUUAUGCAAGGAACACCACCUGUGCCUAAAGCGAAACUUCCAUUCCCUCAAAGAUUCCGCACUAACAUCGACAAUGCCAAGUAUGAUAAGUUCUUACAAAUGCUACGCCAAUUACACAUUGACAUGACAUUCAUUGACGCACUAGGAGAAAUGCCGAGGUAUGCUAAAUUCCUCAAAGAUAUUUUGUCUAACAAGAAGAUAUUGUCUGAAACUGCUACUGUUGUGCUAGGAGAAGAAUGUUCUGCUAUAUUACAUAAGGAUGUGCCUAGGAAGUUAAAAGAUCCGGGAAGCUUUACUAUCCCUUGUAAUAUAGGAGGAACGACUUUUAAUAGAGCCUUGGCAGACCUAGGUGCUAGCAUUAAUCUGAUGCCCUUUGCACUAUAUCGAAAAUUGAAUUUAGGAACUUGA